ACAAUAUUAAUACCUGGGUGCAGCUCUCAGAAGCGAGGAGGCUCGUUGACUGAGCGACUGGCCCCCUGUCACUUGUUCCCUCAUCGCGUAUAUGUGCAUCUGAAGUCGCAUUGGGAGAACCUGUUUCUACUGUCAAUUGAUCUGAAAUGCGGGACUAAUCUUCUAGGCAUAUAUUAUCAUCUCAACAAUUGGGACCCUCAACAGCUCGUCAAUUGAUCUUCACUAAAUCAUAUUCUCUGGGGGAACUCUAGAACGCGCUGUUCUGUAUAGCUUGCGAAGAUGGAUUCAGAAGAUUUGGCCCCCGCAUUCUGCAUUGGUCAACAUGAAAGCAACCGUACCAUACCCAUCACCACCCAGAUCGUGCAGUCGACACACGAGAGUAACUAUGAUAUGCUUACGACGCCGAUAACCACUCCUCACUUUCACUCUCGAGUCCUAAGUCUGCUCUCUGGUCACUUGUCUAAGUUGCAGGCAGUAUCGUCCGAUCCCAAUGGUACUCUGGCGACAACUGAGAAUACGAGACCUGUGGUCAUCCCUCCACUUGGCCCAUCAGACACUCAUCUCACUCCGAACCAAACGAUGAGCCAGUUGAUGGGUGUCACUAGCCCUUGGAUUGACCUUUGUUCCCCCGAUCCAUUGAUUGCAGAUAUCUCCCGUCAAGUUCUUAUGUUAGAAGUGGCAUAUGCAGCUUUCUGCGGCAUUGGCUAUCUCCUGAUCCCGGGACCGAAGCUCCACCAUGGAAAUAUGCACGCAGAAGGCGUGAUUUUCUACGCGAGAGCAGUUCAAGAUGCCAUUAAUCUGGGUCCAUAUAUUCAGUUUCACGUUUGGCUGAGAAUUGUGGACAACCCAGAUCUGGAAGUGAAUAGUAUGGGCGACCUCGCUCCUCUUGGCCGUGAUGAGUUCCUCUGGGGUUCCGAUGAUGGGCAGUCGCUCAAGGUGGACCUGUUUGGGACGUGGGAUGCUUGGGACGUAAUUAGAAGAACCUGUAAAUAUCACACGAGACUCUUCGUAGCACUAUCCUUACCAAAACAACUUCCUCCAAUGUCCGUCCAGUCUCGCUGGCAUUCCGAGCCAGUUCACCUGCUUACUAUGGACGCCAAUACUUUUAUCAAGAACCAGAAGGGCUACCCUGUCCUAUCGAAAGCUCACCAGGCAUUGAUUUCUAAGUUCAUGCGUCUUCGGACGCCCCCGUGGAUUCUCCUCUGCGACGUUGGCCCUAUUCCGGGAGUAGAGGCAAGUGAGGUGUCUGAGGCGACGCAAUCGAACCUGUCCAGCUCUGAAUAUCCAAGUCUCUCGCAAGCCGCGGUCUCGAGCAAGAAGUUCAUUGAUCCGACACCUCAUUUGUCAUAUAUCAGAAAUCUCCAGCAACGCCAACCACCUCGCUCUGCUAUCGAGAGAUUUGGCAUGGGUUAUCAAGACUACCUUCAGGCGCCACUACAGCCCUUGACGGUCAACCUGGAGAGCAUCACAUAUGAAGUUUUUGAGAAAGACCCUAUCAAGUAUGAGUGGUAUGAGAGAGCCAUCGCGAAAGCCCUCAGCGACUGGGCCGAGCAGAAGAAGCCUACCUCUAACCCGGAUGGUCGGGUGGUACUCGCUGUUGUGGGCGCCGGCAGAGGGCCGUUGGUAACACGAGCGAUCCGAGCAAGCGCUGAAACAGGCGUCGAUAUCGACCUUUGGGUCGUGGAGAAGAAUCCCAACGCGUUUGUCCUCCUUCAACGCCACAAUGAGGAACUCUGGGGCGGCAAGGCAACCCUUGUUCAGUCGGAUAUGCGUAGCUGGAAAGGGCCCCAAAGGGCGAAAGAUUCCGGCUUACCCCUGGCCACAGUUGGACAGUCGCUCGGUAUUGAGGAUUCGCUUCUCUAUAAACCAGAACCAGAUCAAAAAGGCAACACGCCCGCUCCUGAAUCUGUGAAGAGCAUGACAUCGUCCGACUUAUCUUCUGGUCAAAUUGAUAUUGUUGUCUCAGAGCUUCUCGGCUCCUUCGGGGACAAUGAACUGUCACCGGAAUGUCUGGACGGUAUCACUCAUCUACUCAAUCCUGUGCACGGCAUCUCCAUUCCGGCCUCGUACACGGCCCAUCUCACACCCAUUGCGGCCCCUAAGCUGCAUGCGGACGUUGUGAACCAGUCUAUAUCGAAUCCAGCGGCCCCGGAGACACCGUACGUUGUCAUGCUACAUGCCAUCGACUUCUUGUCCACGAAUCAGCCGUCUGCCGGCACCACGUCGGGCGACAGCGGCAACAGCUAUAUCAGUAAUACUCGAUCUUCUAUAUCGACCAUCCCAGUGCCUGAGUCUACAACCCCUUAUGUGCAGACGGCGUGGUCCUUCUCGCAUCCCAACACAGAUAUUCCUCCUCAGUCGCCUUUUACGUCCAUCAUCUCUAACUCACACAAUGUUCGCCGCACGCGCCUGGCCUUCCCUACUCAGAAUCGUGGCGUCUGUCACGGCCUGGCCGGUUACUUCGAGACUGUGCUCUAUCGAGAUGUGGAGCUAUCAACAAAUCCCGUCACGAUGGACAGCAAGAGCGCUAACAUGAUCAGUUGGUUUCCCAUAUACUUUCCACUCAAGACACCUCUCAAUGUACCCGACAACGGGGAGAUUGUUGUCACUAUGACUAGGCAGACCGAUGACCGGAAAGUUUGGUACGAGUGGAUGGUCGAAGUGUUCGCUCUGGAACGCAUUGCAGAUGCACCGGCAAUGGAAUUGCCCGUCAUGAGCGGCGCACGGGCGGUGUCUCCAGCUGCAGACGAUGCCAGCGGCAAAGACAAUGGCACCGACAAGCCACAAAAAGCUGGAAAGCACAGCGGUUUUCGACGUGUGAGGGUUGGAAUGAGUGAUUUGCACUCGAGUAUCAAGGAAGGGUGUCUGAUGUAAUAGGCCUCAUGUCACUGUCGAUUCCCAUGGCAAUGUACGGUCGCUUCUGUGUCGGCAGACGUGAAGUGACUCUGGGCUGAAAUAGGAGCAUCUGUGAAGCAGAAAGCAGCAGACCAAGGGGUCAUGGAUAUCUACAAUCAGCGGGUAUCUACUGUCCACUGGGUAUCUAGAAGCGGCUACCUUAGACUAAAUUCCUUAGUUUCACGGUCCUGGCUCGAGCCAACGAGAGACCUUGGCAUUGAGUGCAUUCAUUGUUAAAUGAAGCUACUCCGGUCUCCAGGCCGUUGCUGAUUUGCCCUCAGAGUAGCUCGCAGCCUCGCUUAG